AAACACAAGCGUCUUUCAUGUAACAGUUGUCACAAGGAAGAUUAUCUUCGCUUUUUCGACAGUAGCAUUUAUAACCGGUUCCGAGACACAUUGCUGAAUUUUUUUCUUUUUUGUGCUGUUUUUAGCCCGCUGCUUCAUGGUGAUCUCCACAAUGAUUCUCUAUGUCACUUGUACAUUUGAAGAGCGCUCAGUUCAAAGUGUAUUGCAGAGAUCAGUCUAUAUGUAACAGACCAGUUAUCAAACGAGCUACUGACAGAAUAAAUCCAGGGUAGCACAGCGUUUCUGUUGUCCCCUCACGAGUGUAAAAACGCGUGAUUCCGAUGCUUUUAUUUAAAACAUUUUAAGCAAAAAGGGGAAACAGAAGUGAAACGGCACUUGUGAGAAUUUCAGCACUAAGAGAAGUGAUAGAGGUAGACGUAACUAUGAGGAAGUGGUGGGCAGUGCUCAGUUCUUCAUGCGCAAUCUAACCGUGUUAGAAGAGUACAGCUUUUAGGGGCUCUAAGACACUGCAUGUGCUUGUAUUUUAGAGCAGUGGUUCUCUAUCUUGAUCCUGGUGUUUUUGCAGUUUUUUGUUUUCACUUUAAAAUCAGACUCAAGAAACCAGGUGAUUGUGCUUUAAUUGAUCACAAUUAACUCACCCCACCUGAUUUCUUGACAACUAAUCAGUUGCUUUAUUUGAUCAGUUAAGUGCUGAGCAAAAAUGGAAACCAGUAGACACUACAGCUUGCCAGGGUCUAAGUUGAGAACCACUGUUUCAGAGGACGUGCAUGCGACUUUGCAUCCUCCCAAGUCUAUAGAGGACAUUGUAGGAGUGGGACAGGCCUAAAAUGACAAUUGGCCAUUCCCUAUUGAGGGAUACUCAAGACGGAAAUGAAAAGAAUAGACCUUUUCAUGCGUUGGAUCUCUUGUCUCCUUUUCCCAGACAAGGCCCGAGCCGGUUGGUGCUCAGUGUGGGAUUGUGAAUCUGCCAAACUCUCCACCCAGGGAAAGAUGUGGUGGUUCCAGCAGGGCAUGUGUGCGCUUCCUGCGGCUCUGGUCAUUUGGACCUCGGCAACUUUCGUCUUUGCUUACAUUACAGCGGUGUUGCUCAGGCACGUGGACCCGGUGGUCCCCUACAUCAGUGACACUGGAACGGUCGCUCCUGAGCGGUGUGUCUUUGGGAUCAUGCUCGACAUAUCCUCUUUCUUAGGAAUUGCAACCACGUACGUGCGGUACAAGCAGGUCCAGGCCCUGACGGCCCCGGAGGAGACCAGACUCCACUGGCUCAACGUCAUCGGCCUGGGUCUGGGCUGGCUGAGCUCCUUCGGGAUGUGCGUUGUGGCUAACUUCCAGAAAACCACCUUCUUCUCCAUGCACCUGGUGGGGGCGGUGCUCACCUUCGGCGUGGGGGCGGUGUACAUUCUCGUGCAGACGCUGGUGUCUUAUCGCAUGCAGCCUCACGUCCACGGGAAGGGCAUCUUCUGGGCACGGCUGGGGGUGGGGCUCUGGAGCUCUGCCAGCGCCGUCAGCAUGUUCGUGUCCUCCGUGAUCAUGUACAGCAGUCUCCCCGGGGUGGAUGUGGAAAAGAAGCUGCACUGGAUCCCAGGGGAAACCGGCUACACCGCCCAUAUCGUCAGCACCAUAUCGGAGUGGUCACUAGCCCUCUCCUUUGUCAGCUUCUUCCUGACCUACAUCCGUGACUUUCAGAAAAUUACGCUGCGCGCAGAGGCGAGCUUGCAGAGCACCCACUUGUACGACUCGCCGCACUACGUGAGGUUGCCCGUCAACCACGGAGAAACCUCUCCACUCUUGGGCGGCAGCACCUGACCAGGGGGCGACCGCGGAGGUUCGGGUGCAGUUUCCCCCUGACGUUGUCGGCAACACCUGAGCACGCUGCGCCCAAACCGCUCACCUUCCUGACGACAUCGAGGAAGAGCAAGUCGGUAGAGAGAACGUCUGCUGCACCGGACCUACGCUGUCCUGUUUGGACAGAAAAUGGAAAAAUUUUCCACUGGAGAGAACUGCACUUAUAGUGAAUGUACCCUGUACCCACACAGGGCUGUCACUGAAGACCUUUAUACUCUUUCUAAUACAACAUGCUGUGGGAUAUUAAGCAUAAUUAAUCUCUGAUUCAUGGAGUCACAGCCACUAAUUCCUGUAAUCAUCACUAUUCUGCAUUUUUUUUUUUUUUAACAGCUUUUAGUAACCGUUUGUGAAUGGUAUGUGACAAGAAGCAGAUUUUUUAGUCGAAUUCAUAUUUCAAAGUCAUUCCCACAAAUCAAAUCAAAACAAACGGGAAAAUAGCAUGUGAUCAUUAGCUUCUGCUCUACUGGGACUAGAUUAUUGCUACAGCACUGCGGAGGGACGCGUUUAUUAAUUAUUUCCUCGCAAAAGCACCUUCUCGUUUUGUACAUGGUACUUUUACAGAGCUGGACAUUUACUUGCUUAAGGGGGACAUUACAAGGUCAUGUAUAUUGAGCGCUUGUGACAUCACAGAAGCAUGUAGGUUGCAGUUUUGAUUUUGCCUCUAAACCACAGUGCCGGAGUCUUUGUGAAGGCCUUUCUGCAGUGACACUGCGCAGGCUACACCAGCGUCUGCCUAAAGGUGUCCUCAGAGCUCAUUGCUUUGUCAUAUCGGUCCUCGUGACCCUUUAAAAUGCCCCUGCCGCAGUAGCAGAUGCCUGACCUUAGCAUCUGAGAGGGAGACCGCGUUGUGAUCCAGAGCUUAGAGCUGCUUAUUAAACUAUUAACUAAAUUGAGCAGAGCUUUAAUUGGAUGGUGCAAAUCGCCCACCUUAUAUACUCAUUUAUUUUAACAAAUUUUCAUUUUGGAAGAAAAUCGAAACUUAUUUUCUUCUGUUGCUCAUGCCUAUUCACAUUGUGUUGCAUUACAGUUAACCAGUCUCUAGAGGGCGCCAGUCUAGCCUAAAUGUCUCAAGAAGGUGAAAUGUAGCAGUUCCGGGAGAAUUUAAGCGGGGAAUUGUGAGAAUUCAUAGGGGUCUCUGAACGACAGUAGCACCAUCAAAAUAACACAGGAAAAGCAUCAUUUUCCUGAUAUUACAGAAUAUAUGAAUAUAUUGUGAUUUAAACAAUUUAUGAGCUGAUGUUGGUAUCCUGUUUAUUUACAGACAUUAAUCAUAGCAACAUAUAUGUUGUUUCUGUCUAUAGUCCUUUUGGGUUGCUGGCCUUGGUUUCUUAUGGGGUUCUCUACAGUAACUACCUAUUUAAGAUGAGAUGCGUAACUGACCGUGUGAGGAUAAGAAUAUGCUGUAAUUCUAGGGUGCCAAAAGUGUACUGAGGCACAGAGCUGUAUGAAUGUUUAGUUGUCAUGAAAGUGCAGGCGUUCUGAAAUUUGUGGUUGAUUAUGUUAGUUACAAGUUUUACAGAACACCUGCUUGAAAGGAUCUUUUAUACGAGUCAAAUGAAUAUGUUGAGCAUAAGCGUUAUGCGAAGAAAUGUAUCAUUUCUCUAUACUUUUCAUAUUGAACGUAAAGCACGAAUGUGCUGUGGACGUAAGUGUGGCCAGUGCAUGGGGGAAAGGGAAGUGACUAUCUCGAGUGUUUCCAUGCUGUGUCUUGUGCUGAACUGAACUGAACGUAAGCCCAUUAUUUCUGCUAACGCAGCGGGUCCUGGCUUGCUAUUACCUCAGUCUGCCCUCCGGUUCCUGCCCACAUUAUUAGU